UCGUUGUCCCUUCGAAGUCGGGUUGGCCCCGUUGUGCAUGGCAGCGACGCAGCGACACAAGAGGGGCCAGGAAAGCUUCUUCUUACCUGUGUGUUCAAGUUUUCGGUGCUGGAGCCCCGAGCGCAAACCCUAGAGGGUGUGCGGGAGAUUUUGCUUGUUGUCGAGUGUGGGUUUUUGGUUUUCUGAGGAGGAGGGGUUUGUAGGGUGAUAGACGGCCAUGUCGGGACGCAAGGCGUUGGCCGCUGCGCUGCGGGCUGGCUCACGCAGGCUCGCGUCUUGUCAGACCCCGAAGGGGUCGAGAUCGGUGUCUUCCAAUGCCCCCAAUGGCAGAGCUGUCGCGAAUGCGGCUGCCAAGGGCCUGUCCCGAUCGUCGUUGUUCCAGGGCGUCAGGGCUGUAACACCUGCGCUAGCGCGCAGCAUGUCCACAGAUAACAAAUCGACGGACUUCACCGGCGCUGGAAGCGUGGGUUCCAUUGCGACAGUGAUCGGAGCCGUGGUGGACGUGAAGUUUGAGAAGGGCUUGCCACCCAUUCUGACCGCCUUGGAGGUGCAGGACCACAACCUGAGGGUUGUAUUGGAAGUGGCGCAGCAUUUGGGAGAGAACACUGUGCGGACGAUUGCUAUGGAAACGACCGAUGGGCUUGUUCGCGGGCAGCGAGUGUUGAACACCGGGUCUCCUAUCAUGGUCCCCGUGGGGCGUGCAACUUUGGGUCGUAUUAUCAAUGUCAUUGGUGAAGCUAUCGACGAGAGAGGCGAUAUCAGCCGAGAGCAUGUUCUUGGAAUUCAUCGUGAGGCCCCUGCCUUCGUGGACCAAGGAACAGAGAUGGAGAUUUUGGAGACUGGAAUCAAGGUCGUUGACCUAUUGGCGCCCUACCAGCGAGGUGGUAAGAUUGGACUGUUCGGCGGUGCAGGAGUGGGGAAGACGGUGCUGAUCAUGGAGCUGAUCAAUAACAUUGCAAAGGCCCACGGAGGAUUUUCAGUGUUCGCUGGAGUAGGAGAGCGCACCCGUGAGGGUAACGAUCUGUACAAGGAGAUGAUUGAGAGUGGUGUGAUCAAGCUGGGUGACAAGCAGAUGGAGAGCAAGUGCGCUCUGGUGUAUGGACAGAUGAACGAGCCCCCUGGUGCCCGUGCCCGAGUGGGUCUGACUGGACUGACUGUGGCAGAGCACUUCCGUGAUGCUGAGGGGCAGGAUGUGUUGUUCUUUAUCGACAACAUUUUCCGUUUCACCCAAGCGAAUUCGGAGGUGUCUGCUCUGUUGGGUCGUAUCCCAUCUGCUGUGGGGUACCAGCCUACUCUGGCGACUGAUCUGGGAGGACUCCAAGAGCGAAUCACGACAACGCAGAAGGGAUCGAUCACCUCGGUUCAGGCUAUUUAUGUGCCCGCCGAUGAUUUGACGGAUCCUGCCCCAGCGACUACUUUUGCCCAUCUGGACGCCACGACUGUGCUGUCUCGUCAAAUUUCUGAGCUGGGUAUUUACCCUGCUGUGGAUCCUUUGGAUUCGACCUCCCGUAUGCUGUCCCCGCGCAUUUUGGGAGAGGAGCAUUACUACUGCGCACGAGAUGUGCAGAAGGUGCUGCAAAACUACAAGAACUUGCAGGAUAUCAUUGCCAUCUUGGGUAUGGACGAGCUGAGCGAAGACGACAAGUUGACUGUGGCACGCGCGAGGAAGAUGCAGCGAUUUUUGAGUCAACCCUUCCACGUGGCCGAGGUAUUCACAGGGUCGCCUGGAAAGUACGUGGACUUGAAAGACAGCGUUGCUGGAUUCCGGGGUGUGUUGGAUGGAAAGUACGACGACUUGCCUGAACAGGCCUUCUACAUGGUUGGCGGCAUUGAGGAGGUUUCACAGAAGGCAGAGAAGCUGGCUAAGGAUAUGGCAUAAGCAAGUAUUUUCGGCAUUCUUUGCCUGUUUACACCCACUUUGCUCAUCCGUUAACUUGCUCAUGUUCGCUUUUCAAACAUCCAAGCAGCGCCCCAGAUGUUGAGUUUUAGAAGCUUUGCUCUGUUCAUCAAGUAAUAGAGUUUGCAACCACUUUACGGCUUCCUUCCCUGAGUAUCUCUGUGAUAUGUCCUCAGGAAUUGGAUGUACAGUAGUGGCGAACUUUGCCCUGAUGCUUCCUUCUGAAGGCUGUUUUUUCUAAUCAAAACGUGGUAGUCAUCAUUGCAUUAAUAAUAUAUGGUGGGUUCCACAUAGUGGAUAAUGGAGCA